GCAUGCACAGUCGCAGAGCUUUCUGUGGUCGUGUGUGUCUUUGUAAUCCCUGCAGAUGUGGGAAACGCGCACCAUGUGCUAGUGUCGGGUCCGAGCGCGUCCGUCCAAACAGCUGUGCGCGUGAUAACCAAUGACAAACAGCAGACGCGGUGAUAUUUAAACGUCGGCAGAUCGCGCGUGCCGUAGCGAUGCGAUGCUCGGCGUUUCGUGCGCUGUGAGCGAGAUGAUGCUGCCUUCACGGAGUCAACGCGUUCACGGACCUAACUGGGUUUCAGGACACACCUGUGGCUGUUUUACCUGCUCCGCAUGAUGCCUUAUUUCAGACAUUUACUGGUUUUAAUGGUCUGCCUGGGCUCGUUUGGGGAAUGCAGAAAUAAACACAGCACGAGAGAGAGGAGGUGGACGGGACCCGUGGAAACUCAGAAACAUGGCACCUCCCUGGCCAAGAAGCCACCAGACGUGACGAAAUCACGGAAACUGAAAACUGAACAGUUAUUGAAAGUGGAUGACCAUGACUUCACAAUGAGACCAGCAUUCGCAGGUCCUGCUAUUCCAGUUGGAGUUGAUGUUCAAGUGGAGAGUUUGGACAGUAUUUCAGAAGUAGACAUGGACUUCACGAUGACCUUAUACCUGAGACACUAUUGGAAGGAUGAACGGCUAUCCUUCGCCAGCACAACAAAUAAAAGCAUGACGUUUGAUGGGCGACUGGUGAAGAAGAUCUGGGUUCCUGAUGUGUUCUUCGUCCACUCAAAGAGAUCUUUUAUUCAUGACACCACCACAGAAAAUAUCAUGCUGAGAGUGUUUCCAGACGGACACGUUCUAUACAGCCUGAGGGUCACGGUAACAGCAGCCUGCAACAUGGACUUCAGCCGUUUUCCGCUGGAUUCCCAGACUUGCUCUUUGGAACUGGAGAGCUACGCCUACACGGAUGAGGAUCUGAUGCUGUACUGGAAAAGUGGAGAUGAGUCUUUGAGUAUAGAUGAGAAAAUCUCCCUCUCCCAGUUUCUUAUACAGAAGUUUCAUACUACCUCUCGACUGGCCUUUUACAGCAGCACAGGAUGGUACAACCGCCUGUAUAUAAACUUCACGCUCCGCCGCCACAUCUUCUUCUUCCUGCUCCAAACUUAUUUCCCCGCUACACUGAUGGUUAUGUUGUCGUGGGUGUCCUUCUGGAUUGAUCGCAGGGCUGUUCCAGCCAGAGUUUCACUGGGUAUCACCACGGUGCUCACCAUGUCUACAAUCAUCACUGGGGUGAAUGCCUCUAUGCCCAGAGUCUCCUACAUCAAAGCUGUGGAUAUUUACCUGUGGGUCAGUUUUGUAUUUGUGUUCCUGUCUGUCUUGGAGUAUGCAGCCGUCAACUAUCUGACCACAGUUCAGGAGAGGAGAGAGAGGAAGCUCAGAGAACAAGUAAGAAAGCAGUCAUUGCCCUGCACCUGCGGUAUGUCCCACACCAGGACCAUGAUGUUGGAUGGGACCUACAGCGAAGCUGACACCAACAGUUUGGCCGGUUACACAGAGGCUCCCAUGGUUCCAGAGGAGGUGAUGCCAGAAAAGCAGGAACAUAUGGUGGUUCACCUGUCAGUUAGCAGUGAGUCCACCACCACCAAGAAGAAGGGCAUUCGCGCCUUUCGCAUUAUACAGAACACGCACGCCAUUGACAAAUACUCCCGUAUGAUCUUCCCUGGAGCCUAUAUCAUCUUCAACCUUAUUUACUGGUCUGUUUACUGCUGAACACGCUCCGACCACAAACGUCUCAGACUCUGAUGGACUUGAGAUUUAUAUAACCAUCAUUCAGAUUUUUGGCUGCACAUCAAACAUUGGCUAGUGUGAUAAUAAACGGAAACUGCAUUUGUCAUUUUUCAUACUUAAUAAGAUGGGAAUAAAAUGAAAAGAUGUAAAUUAGGAGGUUUUUCUGUUUAUACAGACUUAAAGGGAUAGUUUACCCAAAAAUUCUCUCAUGUUGUUACAAACCUUUUUGAAUUUCUUUUUUUUAUGAACACAAAAGAAGAAAUUUUGAUAAAAUAGGUAAGCGCAGAGUUGACGGUUCCCAUUGAAUUCCAUUAGAUUUGUUUUUCCAACUAUGGAAGUCAAUGGUUUCCACCAGCUGUGUGCUUACCAUAAUUUAUCAAAAUAUCUUCUUUUCUGUUCAUUGGAAAAAAGAAAUGCAAACAGGUCUAAAACAACAUGAGGGUGAGAAAAUUAUGUCAGAAUGUUUUUAUUUUUUGGUAAACUAUCCCUUUAAUUUACAGGUUAAUUUAGGGCUUUUCAGCUUGAUGAAGAAUUACAUGUAAAACACAUCAGAUUUUGUAUGGGCUUAUGUAUUUAGUUUUUUUGAAUAUGUGUACAGCAAGACAUUUUGUUGUUGGCUUUUGUUUUAAAUUAUUUUCCACUUUGCACAUUUUACACCUAAACAACUAAGUACUUUUGAUAGAUAUUUAAAAAAAGAUGUAAAUGAUGUUGAGCUCUUGAAUAGCAGUAGUUAAUAAAACGUAAGUAAAACGGGCAACAAAACAGAAACGAAAUAUUAGUGGACCUUUAACUUGAUUUAUCCCCACAACAUGUAAUGUAUCAUGUAUAAAAAAUUAUUUUGCUGUAUGUAUGCAUAUGAUGCGUGUGUGUGUGUGCGUGUGCAUGUGUGCGUGCAUAUUUCACACCAAUGGAUUUCCUAUGCGACCAUGCAAAAAUCCUUUAAAAAAAGUUUUUACUGUGACACAUCUGCAUGCACGUUAGUUAACUGAUUAAAUAUAUUUUAAAUCAGAUAUAUUUCAAUAUAAACCUACUUUGCCAUUAUACCAUAUAAAUGUUGGGUAUAAAAGUUGUUUAAGUAGGCAGUCAGUACAGACUAAAUUUUAGUUUGUGAUGAAAUUAAACGAAUACGGCUUGAAACUGCCUUACAGCAUGUGCAACACUAAAGGUGUCUAUUCACGUUUUAUUUAUUAAAUUAUUUUCUAGGUGGAAUGAUUUUAUGCACAGAGGCAUCACAAAAUCUUGAAAUGUUUGUCACUAUGAAUGAAAAUACUGUGAACUUUAUAUGUGCUUGAUGGUUUUGUUAUUACUUAUUUAAUGGUCACCAAACCAUCACAUCUGAAGUAAAUUCAACUCAGUAGGAUGCUUCUGUAAAUGGUAAAAAGAAUGUAAAAUGUGUUAACUAGA